AUGGCAGGUCAGGAAAAUACGAUGAAUGUUGCAUUGGAUCCCCAUUCAAGCAACAAAAGCUAUUGGCGAUUGACCAAACUUAUUCAUUACGAAAGGGAUCAGUGUCUGGUGCAAACAGAAAUAGAAGAGUAUAAUUGCCAUAGAUGUAAUAAAACUUUUGAUUCACAACAUGCAUUAUCAAAACAUGAUUGUUUUUCUGACUCAAGCUGCCAAUUUUGUGGAAAAACAUUUUUGAAGUCAAGGCUCGUAAAGUCACAUGAAAAAUAUUGUCAAUACUCACGAAAUAUAUUUGAUGAUUCUGGAGAUCAUGUGCCAAGAAAAAUUAUGAAGCGAUCUGUGAGAUUUUUGAAAGAAUCAGAUAUGCAUGUGAAUUAUUCAGAUGAUUACACAGAUUCAAAUACAACUGCAAAAGGUGUUGAUGCUCCUUCUAUGUUUAGUGAGCAAAUAGCUGCUAAAUCUGAUAGUUAUGAAUUAAGUAACAAGCGGUAUUAUUUUAAACCUUCAUUAAAAUUAAAAAUUAAGAAAGAGCAUGGCACACUGAAUUCUACAAUUGUUGAAGAUCGCUUAAAUUCUGAUAUUCAGUGCUUUGCAUCAAAUACUCCCUCUGUCACCAGAAUGAGUUCACGAAAACAACUUAAUAGCGCUCCUACAUCAAAUUAUAUGUGUGAAAUUUCUACAAAUUCUUUAUCAUAUGAAGCAUUUAAUAAGUCUAAUGAUAAUUAUUCAGAAACUGCAGUUACUGUUAAAACAGAAGCACCAGAUACAGCAGAAAUUCCGGAAAAUUCAGCAAGUAUUUUUGAAAACAAUGAAUCUGAUCAGUAUUUACAAACAUCCCAGCCAAAAAAUAAUAUUUUACCUGUCAUAACAUCUACAGUAUCACUAAACCCAUCCAUAGUACGUGUAAAGUCUGAGCCAAAUGAUAUUUUGCAAAAUACUGAAAAUGCUGAAAAUGUGGAUAGAAAUCUUUCAAGUUCCACUUUGAACAGACCAUACAUUCAAGUCAAAUUAGAGGUUUGUAGUGAAAAUCAGCAUAGUGCAGAUACUUUAAAUCAGAGUGUUUCUCAUGAUAGAAUUCCUGAUAUGGAUAAAUGUCAGAAUAUACCAGUUUACAUAAAAUCUGAACCUAUAGAAACUGAAAUAGAAGUUGAGCCAGGUAAUGCUUUUGAUUCAACUGAGCAUUUCAAUCGAGAUCCGUCAAAUAUAAAACUUGAAAAUGAUUUUGAGAAGGAAGCAGAAUAUUUAGAUUUAUUCAAUGCCUGUAAUAGUAGUUGUGCAUCAUCAUCUUCUGCAAUCUGUGAUGCAAUUACAAAGUCUCACAAUCAACAAGAUUAUAACGCUUCUAACAAAACAAUAGAAAUUAAUAAUGUUUGCAGUAUGCAAAUUAAUGAUAAAAUAUGUCAAAUUAAAACUGAGGUUGAUAACUCUGAUGAGAUUGAUGAAAAUAUUGUGAAAACAAAUGCAAAUAUGGAUUCAGAAAUAUCAAACACUUUGGAAAACAUAAAAAUUGAUAUCGAUGAUACACAUUCAAAUAACAUUUUUAUUAAUGAUGCAUGUUUGAAUAUAGAUAGGGAGUUUGAUGUAAGAAAAACUAGUAAUAGUAUUGAUAAUUCUCAAUUUAGUAUUGAUACUAUAACCACAGUAAUGGGUAAAGACACUUGUGGAAGCAGUAGCAAUUCAUUAAAUUAUAAAAAUGACAAAGAUAUUACAUCAGAUCGCCCAGAUGAGAUUGACGAAAAUACUAUGAUGAGUAGAUGUAUUCCUAAUGAUUCAAAUUUGUUAAUCGUUAUAAAUGAUUCAAGUGUGAUGGCUAGUGAUGGUGCAAAUAAGAAUGAUAAUAACUCUUUUGAUGUACUGCAUAUAACCUCGGCUCUUAAUAGUUCCAUAACAAAGGAUUUACCACAGAAUGAAACUCUGAAGGAACCAAUUGAAUAUAGGGAGGAUUCAGAUUUGAAAUCUUGUAAUUUUAUGGUGAACAGCAAUUUUGUAACAAAAGAGUUAUUUGAUGAUAAUAAUGAAAAGAUUCAUGAUCAAUCUGCAAUAAAUACAUUUCAAGAAUUGGGCAUAAAUGAGCCAAGUUUAAAUAAUUUUGAGAAUGAUGAAUUAAGGGAACAUGAUACUUCUUCUAACUUGUCCACUAACAAUUUAGCAGAAACUCCUGUAAUUGCAGUGAGCAAACAAAUUCAAGUUCAAGAAACUAAUGAAACUUUGACCAUUUCCAGCCCUCAUAUAAGCAACAAUUCUAGUAUGGAAACUAACAAUUUAGCAGAAACUCCUGUAAUUGCAGUGAGCAAACAAAUUCAAGUUCAAGAAACUAAUGAAACUUUGACCAUUUCCAGCCCUCAUAUAAGCAACAAUUCUAGUAUGGAAACUAACAAUUUAGCAGAAACUCCUGUAAUUGCAGUGAGCAAACAAAUUCAAGUUCAAGAAACUAAUGAAACUUUGACCAUUUCCAGCCCUCAUAUAAGCAACAAUUCUAGUAUGGAAACUAACAAUUUAGCAGAAACUCCUGUAAUUGCAGUGAACAAACAAAUUCAAGUUCAAGAAACUAAUGAAACUAUGACCAUUUCCAGCCCUCAUAUAAGCAACAAUUCUAGUAUUGACAUUCAAAACGAUAGCAUAUGUAACACAAGUUGCGAAAUGGAGGAAAGUGAUUUGCAAAGUGCUAUGGAUAUAGACACAAAUUUGUUAAAUGAUUCAGGUAGAAGUGAUUUGACUUUGACUGGUAAUAUGAAUGAUAAUAAUGUUGUUGACCAUGCAAAUACUGAUAUGGAAAAAAAAGAUUUAACAGAAAAUUUGAUUGAAAAUAAAGAUAAUUUACAAGACAUUCAGAUAUAUAAUGAAAAUGUGAUGAUUGUGGAUUCUGAUUUACCAAAGGAUGUAAGCACUAAAACAUUACAAAUGGCAACUAUUGAGUUAAAUUCAAUAGAUGAAUGCAAUAAAUCUGAAAGAAUUUUUGAUGAUGUUGAUAACUCUGAAUUUAUUACAAACACUGAGCACGCAGAAAAUUUAUCUGAUAAUAAAUUUAGCACGGAAAAUGAUUUACUAAUGCUUAAUGAAAGUAGGGAUACAGAUUCAGAGAUAGAUAUCGAAAUUGGUGUAACAAGAAAUUCAGAAAGUAGCAAUGCCAAUAAUUCAGAACAUAAUAUAAAUAGAAACGACAUGGUAGAUAAUUCAUCCAAGAAUGAAGCUGAUGAUUCAGAAUUUCAAUGGUGUGAUAAAAAGACACUAAAAGAAAAUUCUGAAUUAGUAGUUGAAGAUAAUUUAUUAAAUACACAUACUGCUGUAAAUUCUAUUAAGCACGAUCGCAAAACUCUCGAUGAAAAUUUCACUAAUCAAAUUUUGCCUGCAACAUUAAGUGAAAAAAAUUGCGAUGUUGAAGGCUCUUCUAAAAAUGAUGAGAGUGAUAAAUUUAUUUCACCAGAAUCUGAUAAUAUAUUGAGAGAAAUAUAUGAUGAUAGUUUGAACAAUCAAACUGGUUUGGUCGAUUCGGAAUUAAUUAAUGUGAAUACUGAAACAGGUAAAAUCAAUGUUAUUACUGAAUCCGACGAAAUUUAUGUUUCCUUGUCAAUUGAAGAGUCUGCAGGUAAAAGUGGCAAUACAAAUAUAAUUUCUGAAACUAUAACCGAUAUAAUGAAAUCUGAUAAAGAAGAUACUUAUCUACAAAAUGAUGAAAAAGUAGCAAACUCCAUUGUUAUGAAUGCGGAGAAUGAUGAUAAUUUGCCUGAUUUUCAGAAUAUUGCAGAAGUUAACAAAAUAUCAUAUAAUUUAAAUAUUCCAGAUGAUAUACAUAUUGAAGAAGUAAAGCUCAAAAUAAAUGAAGAGUUUUCAGAGGAUUUAGAAGAACUAGCAAUAAAUUCAUAUUCUGAUUUAAAAAAUGAAAUUAAUGAUGAUAAUUUGCAAUUGAGUAUUGAUAAUGUAGAUACAAAUAAUUCACUUACUUUAAACAUUUCUACUGAUCUGCAAAAGCGUGUAGAUUAUUCAAAUAAUUUAGCAAAGGAUUUAGAUAUAAAUUCAGAAAUUAUAAAUAGUGAAGACACUUCAUUAUAUAUAAAAAAUAUAGAUUCCAAUUUACAAAGCGAAGAUAAUGUGCAAAAUUCGUUCUUGGUUGCUAACAAUAGAUCUAAUAUUAGUAAUGAAUCUAUUGAUGUGCAAAGUGAAAAUAAAAAUAUAUCUGAUGAACCUUGUAUAGGCAGUGAUGAAUCUAAAGUAAUCGAUGAAAAUAGGCUGUUAGAGAAUUUGUUACUAGAAGAACAUGAACUUAUUACUAAUUCAGAUAAGUCGGAUAAGAAAAUUAUACAAUCCAAUGUAAUUGCAGACUCGCAUUUGAAUAAUCAACAAAUAAAUGAGGAAAAUGAUUUGACUCAUAGUGAUAUAAAUGAUCGAGAUGCAGUUGUAGCCAAUUUGCCAAUGUCUUUGGGACUAGAAAAUGUUUCUGUAUCAGAAAAUAUUACUGUCCAUGAUUCAAGUAAUAUUGAGUGCAGUAAUAAUAACAAAAUUGACCAAAACAUUGAUAAGGAAAUAUUAAAACCAAAUGCAGAGAAUAUCGAAGUUUUUAUUGAAAAUUCUCAGCAGAAACAAGGAGAACUAUCUAGAAAUCAAUCAGUGGAUUCUUGUAUAGCAUCCACAAUAUUUCAUAAUUGUCAUUCCAAUGGAGAAGAUUCAACAGAAAUUUAUUCAGAAAGCAAUACUUCUUUGAAUUUGGACUCAAGCACUUAUGAAUCAAUGUUGCAUAGUAAAUAUCAUAUUGAGAAAGUGUUAAGCGAUCAAGUAACUGUAAACAAAGAUUUCAAAGAAACAUCUGAACAGCAUGAUGAAGUUCCUAUUCUGAUAGAACAUAAAGCAGAUCAAAUACUCACUGAAAUAGAAGAUACAAAUUUAGUGGAUAAAAGUGUUCAAAAUUAA